GUAAUUAUUAGAAUAGAUCAGUUGUAUGUGACACAGUAAACUAACAUUAAAUAAAUUCAUAUUUACAUUCUUAUUAUUAUCAUAGUAUUAUAAUUUUUUAUAGCGUUUUGUAAGCACAAAAGCAACCGACAUGCCGCCAAAACGAAACCGAGCCUCGAAGGCAGAUUCUGCAGAAACGAAAAAUGAAAAGAAAAGUAAAACAUUGAAGUCAGAAAAAACAUCUAAUAAAAGAUCUAAACGUAGUGCAAAUGAUAUUGAAGAAUCUGUACCAAAGCGUGCUAAAACAGAAUCAAAACCAGUAAUAAAUAAAACAGACACAGAUUUGAGUGAAAUUAAUUUUGAGUGCUCAAAAUUGAAUGCAGAAGGAAAUAAAUAUAAUUUAAAAAUUACCAGUUGGAAUGUUUCUGGCAUAAGAGCAGUCAUUAAAAAAAAUGGAAUCAAAUAUAUCUUGGAAGAAGAUGCAGAUAUAGUUGCAUUACAAGAAACUAAAUGUGAUGAAGAGAUUAUUUAUAUGAUACAAAUAGGUACAAAAUCAGGAUAUUGUGGAGUUGCAUUAUAUUCCAAAGAAAAACCAAUUAAUGUACAAUAUGGUUUAGAUCAUUCUGAAUUUGAUAGUGAAGGCAGAUUAAUUACUGCAGAAUAUCCAAAUUUCUAUUUAAUUAAUGUUUGUAAGUUAUUCAUAUUUGGUACAAUUGAAAAUUUAUGUAUAUUAUUUAUUAUAUUCUAUUAUUAUAUAAUGCCUGUUAUUAUUUGUGGUGAUAUGAAUGUUGCUCACCAAGAAAUAGAUCUCACAAAUCCUAAAACAAAUACAAAAAAUGCUGGAUUUACCAAAGAAGAACGAGAAGGUAUGACUGACUUUCUAACUGCAGGAUUUGUGGAUACAUUUAGAGCUCUGUAUCCUGAUAAAACAGGUGUAUACACAUUUUGGUCAUAUUUUGCUAAUGCACGAAAUAAAAAUAUAGGAUGGAGACUAGACUAUUAUUUGGUAUCAGAGCGAAUUAAAGAUAAAAUUUGUGACAAUGUUAUAAGGGAUAAAGUGUAUGGCAGUGAUCAUUGCCCAAUUGUACUUUAUAUUAACAUAUAA